GCGCUCGCGUUUCAUACAACUCUUAAGUAAGGCGCGCUGCUAUUGGCUGAUGGCCGGUGGCGUCAUCACCGCUCCUGGAAGAGAAGGUGACCUCAGCGCCGGUUGUCGCUUCUUCCUUAAUUUAUGCGACAUAGCCGGCUGCAGUGAACAGUGCAGAUUGAUGUCAAUGAUGGGACUAGGAUCAAUCUGGAAGAGCUACAAAGUUUUGAUAAUUAUGGUACCAAGUAUUGGAGUGAUACACUGGGGCUGGUAUAACAUGCAGUCAAGCCCAGUCUUUCAUCCUGAGGGUAAAGGCCGUUUACCGCUCAUUUUUCAGUUCCUUUCCCGCAAAGAUAUGGAUACAAAAGACAAAUAGUGGUGUGAUGUGGUUCUUUAGAUUGUUUUGAACCUACUCUUCUUCAUCUGGAAGUCAAGGAGCCAUGAAACAGAAAUAAUUUUUGAGGAAGAACUGGUUCUGGGUUGCUGGGAUAGCAUUUCUAGGCGUCCACUUUGGGACCUAUUUUAUUCAGAGGGUGGCAAAGAGUUCUGCUAGAGAAACUAUGGCUCUCAAAGAUUCUAAAAGCAGCAAUUGAGUCCCCUGACCGUGUCACCGGAUAAAUCACAAUUCACCAAUGUUAAGACUCUAUGAGUACAGCAUACAUUUGUAAUGUUACACGUUCCCCCACUUGUUGGUGUAAACGUAAUAAAUUAUAUGAUUUUUAAAUCUUAA